AUGGCUGCUGAGAGGGCAGCGGUCACGGAGACCUCGGAGAGCUCGGAGCAAGUCAUGCCUGUCCUCCUGGGACGGGAGCAUCGGGAGCAUGCAAUGGAUUCGAUGGACGAUGUCGAGAUGGGGAAGCUCGCAAAAGUCGAGCAACGUGUCCGAAGAGACGAUCGGAAAUCGACAAGCAACAGCAUCGACAGCAUCGACAACAUCGCGGCCGUGACCACGCACUUGAAAUGUUGCGAGAAGAUCGUGCUUGGCAUCGGUGUGGUGUGCGCUUUAGCCCAGGGAGUCUCGACUCCGGCGAUUGCAAUGUUCACUGCGGACAGCAUCACCACGAUGACAGUCGACGAUGCGGACAAGGAGCACAUGCUGAACCUGAUGGCCCCAACCCUCAUCAAGAUCGCAGUGCUUGCAGCCAUCCAGUUUCUGCUCGCCUUUGGUUGGCAGCUUUGCCUUGCGUGGGCUGCUGCAAGGCAAGCCAAUCGUUGGCAUUGCAGCUUCGUGGCCUCCAUUCUGUCACUGGAUGUGAGCUGGUAUGAUGAGCACGAUCCAGCAGGAGUUGCCGCCAAACUUGAGACCGACAUUGCCAACGUUUACAGCUUCAUGUGUACAGGACUCGGGUACUUGAUCGCAAGCAUUGCCCAGCUCAUCGGAGGCUUGUCUCUGGCGUUUGCCACAGGCUGGCAACUGGCUCUGGUGGUGAGUGCCACAAUUCCGAUGCUUAUGUGUUUGGGCCACCGCUUGGGCAAGGAGAUUGAGCACCAGACAUUCGACCAGCAAAGGGAUUUCGCGCGGGCGUCUGCUGUCGCAGAGGAGUCGCUGAUGGCCAUCCGUACUGUGGCGGCCUUCGGGGGCGAGAAGGCCGAGUCUGCACGCUUCGAGAAGGAGCUUGUCUCAGCUAAGUUUGGCGGCAUUCGCUCAGGGGCCAAGAUCGGGGCUGCCUGGGGGGGUCUGAACUUCUUCUACUCCUGCCUUUAUGGCUUGUCCUUGUUCUUCGGAGGUCAUGUCCUCCUGGCCAACGAGAGCUUCGGCUUUGAUCCCAGCCAAAUCGUGACUGUCAUGAUCGCCAUGUUGGUCGGGGUGACCGGACUCAGCUCAUUUAGCGGCUUCGCCCCGAUGAUGGCCAAGGCCGUCGUCUCGGCCAAGGCCAUGAAGGAGGUCAUCACAGCAGAGCGCGUCAUCGAGCGCCCGCUCUUCACACGCGAGGCGCUCCCCGAGCAGCUGAGGACGGUUGACACCAUCGAGUUUCGCAGCGUCAGCUUCCGCUACCCGACGCGCCUGGAAAAGUGGGUUUUGCAGGACUUCAGCUUCCGCGCGGAGAAGGGCCAGAAGAUCGCCUUCGCGGGGGAAAGUGGCAGCGGCAAGAGCACCACGAUCCAGCUGCUGGAGCGCUUCUAUGACCCGUGUGGUGGCGAGGUGCUUGUGAACGGGAUCCACCUCAGCCAGGUGCCAGUCAAGGCAUGGCGCAAGCUGAUCGGCUACGUCGGCCAGGAGCCAGUUCUCUUUGCCACCAGCGCGAUGCAAAAUCUGAAGGCCGGCGACGACUCCAUCAGUGAUGAGCAGGCCAUGGAGGCAGCCAAGGCAGCCCAAAUCUACGACACCUUGAUGGGCCUUCCAGACAAGUUCGACACCUUUGUGGGGUCGGGAGGUGGCCUUCUAUCUGGGGGCCAGCGGCAGAGGCUUGCCAUUGCACGUGCGCUCGCGAAGAACCCCCAGAUCUUGCUGCUGGAUGAGGCCACCUCAGCCUUGGACAAUGAGUCUGAACGCAUGGUCCAAGCCACGCUGGAGUCCCUGAACACGGUCAUGGGGCGCAGCAUCACAACCAUCUCUAUUGCCCAUCGGCUCACGACCAUCAAGGGCUCGGACAUCAUCUACGUCCUGAAGGACGGACGUUGUUGUGAGCAGGGCUCCCAUGAUGAGCUCAUGGAGAGGCAGGGCGAGUACUACAGCAUGGCGAAGCUGCAGCAGGCCAAAGGUGAGGAGAACAAGGACGAGACUCGCAACGAGGUGGUUGUACCCUGUCCACAAGCAGCAAAGGUUGGUAAGCAGCAGUCCAUGAACUUCCGACGCAGCAGCUCAGCGCUGAGCUUCUUCGAGAAGGCGUUGGCCUUGGAUGAGAAUGGCCAGGCCAAUGCCCCCCGAAUCUGGUGCCGCCUGUUGGGCUUGAUGAAGGUCUACUGGUGGGUCUGGCCGCUCGCCUUUCUGAUCAUCAUCGCCGAGGCGGCUGCUAUGCCGCUUGAAGCCGUGUUCUUCAACUUGGGCAUCAUGUCGCUCUUUGAGGGUGCUACACAGGGCCUGGAGGUUAUGUAUCCCAAGUUAGAUCUGGCUGUCCUGAGCCUUGUGCUGGUUGGCCUGGGCUCUGGUUUGGCCGUUCUCUGCCAGAACUCGCUCUUCACUUACAUUCAGGAGUCCCUGUGCAUGGUCCUGCGCCAAGCAGCUUUUGCCAGCACUGUCCGCAUGGACAUGGCCUUCUUCGACGCGCCAGAGAACCAAACCGCAAGCAUUCUGGUCUCCUUGGAAAGGCACAUGAACCGCGUUGGGCAGAUGCUUGGCAUCCAGCUGGGAAACUCUGCAGGGGCGAUCUUCACCUGCAUUUUAAGCGUGGGCUUCAGCUUCUACGGCUCCUGGGUGCUGGCACUGGUCCUGCUAGGUUUGCUGCCCAUCUGUGGCUUUCUUGGCUUGGCCAUGGCCGACUGCGCUGCCCGAGUGGAUCCCAUGCAGGAGAGCCGCUAUGCCAAGGUGGGGAAGUUGACCGGCGAGGCAGCCACCUCCAUUCGCACGGUAAGGGCGCUUGGGGCAGAGGAGCACACGCUGGGUAUUCUGGAAGAGUCUAUGACGUAUGUCUGCGACGCGAAUGCCGCGAAGUCUUGGAAGUUGGGACUUUCACUCGGCCUGAACCUCAUGCUGAUCCAAGUGAUCUAUCUUACGGGCUUCUUGCUCAGCGCCAUGUGCAUCCAGUUCUGGAACUUCGAUGCCUACGAGGUGCUGCUCACCCUGUUUUGUGUGGUGUUUGGUGUGAGUUCGGUGAGCUCCAUCGUCCAGUACAUCCCGGACUCGGCAUCUGGACAUCAGGCCGCGAUGGAGGUUUUCCGGCUCAUCGACCAGGUUUCCAAGAUUGACGCCACGCAGCCAACGGGACGCAUCGAAACCUUUGGAGACGGGUCCAUCCAGUUCCGGAAUCUGCAGUUCUGGUAUCCUCACCGUCCCGAGGUGCAAGUUCUGACGAAGCUGAACUUCACCAUCCAGAAGGGACAGUCCGUGGCUUUGGUGGGCUUCUCAGGCAGCGGCAAAUCCACGAUCAUCCAGCUCCUGCAGCGCUUCUACGACCCCCAAGCUGGUUCCAUCAGAGUAGGCGGCCACGACCUGCGUGAUCUCAACGUGGCCUGGUGGCGGAAGCAGCUCGGCAUCGUGGGUCAGGAGCCAGUGCUUUUCGACAUGAGUCUCGAGGACAAUGUGAAGUAUGGCCACCCCGAAGCCACGGAGCAAGAGGUGCAGGAUGCCGCUCGGGCCGCCAACAUGGACUACAUCUUCUCGGGCGCCGUGAAGUGGACUGACCGUGUGGGCCUGCGUGGAGAGAAGCUGUCUGGGGGCCAGAAGCAGCGCUGCGCCAUCGCCCGCGCCCUUCUCCGAAAGCCGCAGUUCAUGCUCCUGGACGAGGCGACCUCGGCCUUGGACUCGACAUCCGAGCGCCUCGUCCAGCAGGCGAUGCAGGAGGCCAGAGUAGGUAAGACAACCAUCACGGUGGCCCACCGCCUCUCGACCAUCCAGAACUCGGACAAGAUUUUUGUGCUCUCCAAUGGCCAGCUAGUUGAGUCGGGCACUUACCAGGAGCUUAUCGCCAUGGACGGCAACUUUGCGAAGUUGGCCGCGAGAAGGCAGCUAACAGUGCCCAGCCCUCGAAUCGUUAGCUUCGCCUUGCAGAAGGCAAGGCGCGACACGCGCAUCAGUCUACCAGACGAAACGAGCUACUCCUGCCCGUGCUUCCGGGAGCUUUGGUCCAGCCUCAGUGGCGCCCAAGCAGAGGCCUUGGCUGAGCACUGUCCCGAGGCAGCCGAAGUCUCGGCACUGCUCUGGUCCACAACCCAGGCCCUCUCGGCGUGUUGGUUCGGCAUGCCCCGACACACCGAUGAGGCACCGUCACCCGGAUCGCAGCGUUUGGAGGUUGCUUGGCGUGCAUUGCACAGCCUCUGCGACGAGCGCGAGUUCAUGGAAAGACUGUCGUUGAACUUGGUGAAUGAGCACGGUGGCGGUGCAUGGAGCAGACCAUUUUGGCAGCCGCUGGCCGGCGCUCCACCCCUGGACAACGCCGCCGCGUUUGCGUCGUCGGCCCGCGCCACUACACUGUUCCCCACGCUGGCAAGGACAGAGCUCUGGAGGCUUGCCUUCCUGGACUGGGCCAGCUUUGUCCAGGGCACCGAGGAGGCUUGGCCUGGCGGUUCCACACUGCACUGGCUGCAAGAGCAGGAGGAACCUCCUCGGCCGAAUAUCUCCGAUGGCUGUGAUGCUUUGUACUACGUUGGGUUCUCUUUGGAGGUCAAUCUGGACUGGUUGGUGUUGGCAGUAUCUAUGUCAAGCUACCUUGGCAAUCGCGGCUGGGACGGCUGCUACCUCACAGGCUCUGUGGAGCAACUGUUGGCAGAUUCCAGGGGCACUCCUGCCGAGUUCUCCUGCAUCAUUCGGCAACAUGCUGCCGCCCUUCGCUUCUGCGUGAGGCACUAUGCCAUCUUCGAGGAUGGGACAGGGAUUCCACCACCUGACCCAGAGUCAAUGAGGCACUUCGAGCAGUGGGGCGGAAAGGUGCCCCGGGAACUGCUCCGGCCGUGGCGGCCUUGCGCUGCCUUUGGGCAGCUUCGCUGCCCCGCAGGCUCUCGUGAACUGCUGCGUGCUUGGGAUGGAGGCCGGCUUCCAGGACAUCUUGCUUCUACACAGGCUGGCCAGAGCGCACUGAAGGGACCGGAGGAGCGCAGUUUGGCCAGGUGGCUUGUGCGCCGAUCAGCAGCUGGAGCAGGCAACAGCCUUUGCUUUGCCCAGUCGCGUCUGGAGAAGGGAUUCAGCUUCGAUCGCUGCUGCGAGGAGCCGACGGACAAAUGCUUCGAUGGAAAGCUGUUGACUUAUGUGUGCCGGGCUGAGAUGUGUGACCGGGCGGGGCCCAAGAUGGGUGACGAAGCGAACGAAGAGGCCGGCGGCUACUUCUCAUGGCUCGCGGGCGCCGUUACUGGAAGCUCAGGAGAAAUAGCACAGCACCAAGACGUGCUAAUUGAAGCUGCUCCUGGCGAAACGAUAACAACAUGGCACAACCUACGUAGGCCAACCGAGCGAAUCAAGGCAGAUCGAUAUGCCACGCAGAUGCUGGCACUAGAUCGCGUGAUCACCAACUGGCGCGCCAGGACGAUCGACAAGAAGGAUGCCCUGGUACAUUGUGAUCACAUCCUCGAGAAUAUCAAGGCGAUUGGCUCGCUGGAUGGUGAAACCGCCCGGAACAUCCUUACGUACCGGGGCAUCGACGAUGCGCGACGUCAGGAACUUCAGGCCGCCUACCGAGAGCUCAAGCAGGUCUGCGGGCACAAGGUGCCAACUUGGGCUUCAGAAGACUCCCCAAGGAAGCGGGCAGCUUGCUGCUGA